AUGGCUGCAAUAUUGGGCCAAAUAUGGCAGCACAUCAAUUCUGGCGGGAAAACUGCAAAGGCCAAAAAACGACAACAAGAGGAUCAAUACUCCUCUGAGUCGGAGCGAGAUGAACACACGGCAAAACGCCGUCGCUCAGCUCAUGAAAAUGAGGACAGUCUCAGCGUAACGGCCAGUGAUAACGAGGUAAGGCAGUUACUGAAUGACAGCGAUAUGAUACGCCGCAACAACAAGACGAAAGCCCUGAUUUACCCGACGACGAAUUGCUUCAAGAACUGGAACAACAGUUCAGUGAAGACAAAAGUCUAG